AUGGUUGUUUUCGACACUGCACCUGGAGCUUCUCGACAGCUUCACCUAUGGACCAUUCACUUGGUCCCAUCUCUGGCUUCGGUGCCUGGAACCCAGCUUGGUUCCGAAUCAUCGUUUGACGGUUUUCGACAAAUCGUCCCCAUAUCGUCCACUAACGAUGACAACAAGGGACAACGAGAGACUCCUCCAAACGCAUCACAGAUCCCUAUCAAAAGCCUCAAUCAACAAGACCUAGAGUCGUUACGCAUCCUAUUCCCGAGAGCAAUCGGCGCCCAGUUACUGAUCACAGGCUUCCUUCGCAUGUUGUUCGAUAGCACCGCAGAGGUGGAGCGGACCUACAACCUCGGCUACCCGGGUGAGGUAGGCGGGCUUAUUGUACUUCUAGAUACGGCAAAGUUUAGUGCAAUAGCCCAGAAGAUCGAAUCCGGUGCAGCUGUCUCGGAUACAGAGAUUAUGAGACUGGUUUAA